ACGAAGCUAUAUCGGUUACUUAGCGUGGGGAUAACACUCGUCGUCUCGUGUCGAUUUGCUUAAGGGAUAAUUCGCGUUCGCGAAACCUAGAUCCAGGAGAGGAACUUUUGAAGCCAAAUCGAGAAUUCAAUUGAUCGAUGAAUCCUAGAAGGGAGCCUCGUGGUGGAAGAAGUUCGCUCUUUGAUGGCAUUGAAGAGGGAGGAAUUAGAGCUGCUUCUUCUUACUCUCAUGAAAUCAAUGAGCAUGAGAACGAGCGUGCCUUGGAAGGUUUACAAGACAGGGUCAUUCUCUUAAAACGACUUUCUGGCGAUAUUAACGAAGAGGUGGAUACUCAUAACCGUAUGCUUGACCGAAUGGGUAAUGAUAUGGAUUCAUCAAGGGGGAUUCUCUCAGGAACCAUGGACCGGUUCAAAACGGUUUUUGAGACCAAAUCAAGCCGAAGAAUGCUGACCCUCGUGGCAUCGUUCGUGGGUGUAUUUCUAGUCAUUUACUAUCUUACCCGUUGAAAUUGGCAAAACCAGAGUACUCUGAACAAUCCAUCCAUCAUAUAUCAUAUUUUCAUGCUCUCUGUUGGCUCCUACAAUCUCCGCCAGUGUAAUGAAUGAUUUGCACCUAGUGUUAUAGCGUGAUCAAGUGCUUAAGAUAUAAAUGGCAAAAAUUAACAUUAACUUAUAAAAGUUUCA